GCAAUCGAAUAUGUCGUUUUUUAUUACUGUGUUGGCUCUAACGCUAAUAUUAUUUGAUGCCGCUAGCAGUCAGCGUCGCUGGGACUAUGAGCCUUUGACAUUUGAAGGCACUAGCUCGGAUCCUUCCAAAUUAAAUAUCGACAUGGCAGUUGAACGCGUAAAACGUGAAUUCGCAAUGACUGGGGUAAUCGAUUGUAAAUACGAUAUGGAUAAAACAACUAUGGUGGAGGCGGUUGGCUAUCGUAGUAAUACUGGGGACGAGGCUGAUUACAAGCUGCUGCCUUGGGCAGUACCAAAACAAACUUUUCCAGAGUUUCUCGGAAAGUAUUACGAACAUAUGGCACUCGCAAACGUAGGGCACUGCUCGAAUUUGCCUGCGGUAGAAAAUAUGACUCCCUGGCCACAGAAUGCCUAUAAGUUCGACAAGUGUAUCUAUACUGGCGACGGCUUGCCUGACAUUGCACCCGAAGGUUUUUAUAAGGUUAUUUUCACAUUUACUGGCGAGGUGGAUUGGACCUUUACGGUUAUAAGCAAAAUUACGUCCAGAAAGGAUUUAUACGGUUAAAGUCUUUGACUUUCAAUCAAUUUUAUGCUUUAAUCAUAGCUCAAAAUAAAAAUUAGUAGUUUCUGGUGGUUUUCUUUUUUUUAA